UAUUUGGGUUAUGUAGUGAGUUUGCUCCCACCACACUUCUGAUGUAUGUUUUCCCUGUUGAAACCCCUGUUAAGUCUCCCUUGUUGCCAGUCUCCUCUGUGUGUGUUUUCUCCUCCUUCCUUGAUUUCUCCACUUCUAACUGCAGUUUCUCACAGCCCUUGCGCCUCCUUGCUGUAACACUGCAUCUCAUUAAGUGUUUCAGAACAUCAUCUUUCCCCCUGCCACCCCCAACAUGCUAUUAACAUAGCUUUAGCUGACAGCCAUGUCGUUAUAAUGGAAGUCAGCAGGCAACAUCAACAUCUUAUUUUAGUUGCUUGUGUAUUUGCAAGUGUAAGCUGUUAUGCUGAAACUGUUCACAGAAGUAUCUGCUGGAUUCUGUUUGUAAAGUUUCAGCAUCAGUGACUUCAUUGUUUCUGAAAGUGAAGCUUCAGAUGUACAAAGCUGAUUGAACAACUCGCUGACAAAGAAAGGGUAGUUUCAUGGCUUCUCUUGCUGCAACUCUGAUGCUCAUCUGCCCUCUCAGUGAGCUGAUUAAGCUCCUAACCUAUAAAAUAGCAAACAGAUAUGAAAAGCUGGGUUGAUCUUGUUUGUUUGUUUGCUGCUUCAUUUUAGGGAGCUGGAUCAAUUUACUGGGAGGUCAAAUGAGCAGCAAGAGCUGGUGAAAGGAAGAGGAAGGGUACCACAGGUCUGGGAUGAGGAGGUGUGAGAGUAAGGGACAGAGGAAAGGAAGGUGAACUACUACUUCAAAGGGAAGUAGCUGUUGAAGAUCAGUAAACUGCUGGGCCAAAGAUUAAGAUUUUUGACCCUUUCCUUGUGAAGAGCUUUCCCAAGUAGAGAUUUCCUUUUUGCAGAAAGUAAUUUUGAAAUAGUAGAGGUGUCUUUUUCUAUCCUUAUUCAAAUAUUAAAAUAAAAUCAAUCUUGUAUCAAAUAUGGUACUUAAGUCUCUGAAAUCUAGUCUGCUGAGAUCAGUAGAGGGCUGUUGAAGAUUGAUGAUAAAAAUCUCUUCCUGGCUUUCCAAAGGAAGGCUGCAGGUGCUCCUGCUCCACUUGCCCUUCCUGGGUCUGGAGUCUUACUCCUCCUGAGGACCAGUAGCUGCUGUAGUAUGUAACACCUGGACAGAGACAAUGGGAGAUUUUCUGAUAUGCUCCUACUGUUUUUUUGAUGUCACCUGAAUAUCAGGGAAGAAUAGAGGAAGUAGCUUUUUUCCCAGUCAGUAGUGAAGGUGGCUGGAAAAAAAUGGAAAAUAGAAGCAGAUUAUCUGCCAGAAAGAGUUUAGGUAGUUAAUGGCAAAAUAAUCUUCAGCUGAGGAAGCAUGAGGCCUCACACACCUGGAAUGAAAUCUAGUGUUACAAGAGACUGCCGUAGUGCUGUUAUCUGCACUAUAGCUAGGCACACCUCUCCUGUCGGGGCUGAGUUCAGUCAGCCAAGCAUUGGCUUUGAUGGCAAACUGUUGUAAGGGGUCUCUGCCUUCCUAUAGCUGCUCUGCUGCCACAGUUUGCUGCCUUUUCAGUUAUGCCAAUGCAUUCGUUCUUGAGGUUGUGCUUUAAUAUAAGCGUUUGAAAAUAAAUAUUAUUUGGUUUUUAUUUAUUGUCUGAUCUGCUGUGUAAUACAGGCAUGUAAAUAUUUGUACUGGCACAGCUGAAGGAGGAGUGAACUGCAGGGUGCAGGUAAGAUGAACAAAAGAGAGCAGGAAUGGCUUGGAUCAAUUUUGUAACUGAAAAGUGUUCAUGCAGUGAAAUUUUAAUAUCUUACACAUGGACUCUGGUAAUCUUUGGGGUUUUUUUUACAUCUAAGUAUUUCAGGCUUUCAGAUGCUCUGUGUGAAUGUGUUAAAAUGGUUCUGCAAACCAGUUCUGGCUUUGUUUCUUAACUUGUUUUAUUUCUGACUGUUGUGUUUAAAGGCUAUUAAACUGUAAGUCAAGCCCUUGAAUUAGGAAAUACCAGGAUUAAAGCUGCCUUUGCAGGAUUAAUUUGGUCCCUUGCCAUUUGUGUAUGUUGCAGCCUUGGUUACUGUUAAAGUGACAGUUGCAUUGCACCUAAGAGCUCUGCCUCCUUCACUGCACAGAAGAGACCAUGCUCUGAGAAUGAAAGGGAAGAUUGUAAUAGGAUGCUGAUCUCUGUCUUGUUUAAUGUAAUAAAUUGAAAGUGCUCCAUGAAUAAAAAGGAGAAUGUAGGAAGAAGGAUGGGUGACUAUUGGAUUCUACUUUAGAAGUACAGAAUUUACACACAUCUCUACUAACAGCAUGACUGUGUUACAAUGGACAAAGGAAUGUAUAGUAAUUACAUGGUGUUUAUCCUGUGGGUGUCUUACAGGAGACCCGAGGCCUGGGUAAAGCAGAUUAGAAUGAAAGAUGUGAAAAUACUUCAAAAACGUUUGACUAAUAUAUUCCUUUCCCACUGUGUCCUUGAAACAUGGGUUCUGCAGGAACUUCUGUUGGGUGUCUCUACAAUACUGUUUUAGUUCAAGUUUCCUUCAUAAGCACACUGUUGACCUAUUACCUCCAUAUACCAUGCUGCAGCUUGCAUCCGAGAUAAAUCACCUGAGUUUGCAAACUCAGUUUCUUUCAGAUGACACUAAAGGAAAAGAUGCAUUCCUGGAACACUUGUUCUAAUAACACUCCAAGUGUUAAUGGGUGCUCAAGACCAAGAGACUGGACUUGGGCCAGUCAGACUCCACCACUUUCAAUUGCAGUGGCAUCCACAGAGGAGACAGAUCUAAUCAGGAACCGGCUAUUGGGAUAUCCUGCAGUACGGAGUGGGCUGCGUUUUGAAGCAUAUGGAACAUGGCGAUUUCUGCACUGCAGUUUAAUUUGUGCUUAUUGUACUCUGAGGGUAACUGUUGCUCAGAGACAUCAGAAUCAUGGAGGGACUCUUGCAUUACAUAAAUCCAGCACAUGCCAUUUCACUUCUAAGCGCACUGAAUGAGGAGCGUCUAAAGGGACAGCUGUGUGAUGUUGUUCUUAUAGUCGGAGAUCAGAAAUUUCGAGCUCAUAAAAAUGUCCUGGCUGCCAGCAGUGAAUACUUCCAGACUCUGUUCACAAAUAAAGAGAAUGAGUCUCAGUCAGUGUUUCAACUUGACUUUUGUGAACCAGAUGCUUUUGAUAAUGUGUUAAACUACAUUUAUUCUUCAUCCUUGUUCAUUGAGAAAGGGAGUCUUGCAGCUGUGCAAGAACUGGGCUACAGUCUUGGAAUAUCCUUUCUUACAAACAUUGUUUCUAAGAGCCCUCAAGCUCCUUUUCCAGCUUGCCCUAUUAAGAAAAUACUGUAUCAAGAUGAAGACGAAAGUAGUUCUCAGAAGAGGAGUGUCAUUGUUUGUCAGAACAGAAUUGAAGCGCAAGCGAAAAGUGUAAAUCAAACACAACAUGAUUUAAGCCAUACUAGCCAUACUUCUAAACCUUCACCCUCUGUUCCUGCCAAAACUAGCAGUAGACCACAAGUAACAAAACCAACUGAAACCCUUCACAACUUAUCACUGACUGAAAGGAGAUGGCUGAAAGAAAGCCCUGUGAGCUAUACCAAGCUUCAUGAAACUUCUGGAACCGUGGAGGAUCAGAGCAGAGGUGCUUUAGUGAAAAGGAACACAGUACUGCCUCAAAUGCCUUUAGCAGAGAAAGAAAUUGCAAGCGAUGAACCAGGAAGCAGUGGUCAGCUUUUAAGAGGAAAGACCACAGAGGUGCCAUUAAAAAGACCACGUCCGCCAGUCUUGUCUCUGCGUGGUGCAUCAGAUUCUACAUUUUUGUUGCGAGAGGCAGGAAAAGGAAAUGGGCAAGGUGAAGACAGGAAUUUGCUAUACUACUCAAAGUUAGGGCUAGUAAUCCCAUCUAGUGGAUCUGGUCCAGAACACCAAAGUAUUGACAGAAGUGGGCCACUUGUAAAAAGUCUCCUUCGAAGGUCACUGUCCAUGGACAGCCAGGUUCCUAUUUACUCACCUUCUGUUGACCUAAAACCUUCACAGGUAUCAUCAUCCUCCUCUCCGGGAACUAAUGAUUCCCAGAAGACAUUUAAUGUUGUAGCUCAGAAGUCAUCCUUGAAAGAAUCAUCAGAGAAGUUAGUCUUAGAUGAAAAACCACAGGUAAUACACCCACAUCGCCUUAGGUCUUUCAGUGCCUCUCAGUCAACUGAUAGGGAGGUUGCUUCCCCUCUCACAGAGGUGCGAAUAAAAACUGAACCUAGCAGUCCACUUUCAGAUCCUGCUGAAAUAAUAAGAAUUACAGUGGGUGAUGCUUCUGCAUCAACAAAUAAAGACUUUCCUUUUAAAACUGAGGAUGAUCACAAGGAACCAAGCAGACUUCCAGCAAAAAGGAGAUUUCAAACUGAUAGAAGACUACCAUUUAAGAAAUUGAAGGUGGAUGAGCAGGGUUCUCCUGGGUCAGAAGAUAACUUUGAGGAAGGUUCAAGCCCUACGCAUCUUGAUGCUGAUUUUCCUGAUUCUGAUGUCAGUAAAGAGGAAUACAGUGAGAUGGAAGAAGCAAGACCAAAUAAAAAAUUUAAAUGCAAGCACUGCCUUAAAAUUUUCAGAUCAACAGCAGGUCUUCAUCGUCAUGUUAACAUGUAUCAUAAUCCAGAGAAGCCCUAUGCUUGUGACAUAUGCCACAAGAGAUUUCACACAAAUUUCAAAGUGUGGACACACUGCCAGACACAACAUGGAAUUGUGAAGAAUCCCUCACCUGCUUCCAGUUCACAUGCUGUUUUGGAUGAAAAAUUCCAAAGAAAACUGAUCGAUAUAGUGAGAGAGAGAGAAAUUAAAAAAGCUCUAAUAGUUAAACUAAGACGUGGCAAGCAAGGUUUUCAGGGACAGUCUGCUUCACAAGCACAACAAGUCAUCAAAAGGAAUUUAAGAUCAAGAACCAAAGGAGCCUAUAUUUGUACCUACUGUGGGAAAGCUUAUCGUUUCCUCUCGCAAUUUAAACAGCACAUAAAAAUGCACCCAGGGGAGAAACCAAUUGGAGGAAAUAAGGCUCCUAAGCAGAAAGAUCAUAUUCAUAUUGAAAGCCCAGUAGAAAACAAAGAGGUUUAUCAGUGCCGUCUCUGCAAUGCUAAGCUUUCUUCGCUUAUUGAACAGGGAAAUCAUGAGCGACUCUGUAGAAAUGCUACUGUCUGUCCUUACUGCAGCCUUAGGUUUUCAUCUCCAGAGCUGAAGCAUGAGCAUGAAAGCAAAUGUGAAUACAAGAAGCUUACUUGUCUUGAGUGUAUGCGUACCUUUAAGUCAUCCUUUAGUAUUUGGCGUCAUCAAGUUGAAGUUCACAAUCAAAACACAAUGGCUCCAUUAGAGAACUUUUCGUUACCUAUCCUGGAUCACAACGGAGAAAUAACUAGUUCGUCAAGAUUGCCUCCUCAGUCAGAAUCCAAUAAAAUGAACAAUUUUGUUGCGGCAAAGGAAGACGGUGUAUUCAGUGAUUCGUCAGAACAAAUAAAUUUUGAUUCCGAAGAUUCCUCCUGCCUACCUGAAGACUUAAGUGUUUCCAAGCAGUUUAAAAUUCAGAUCAAAGAAGAGCCUGCAGAUGAUAUCGAGGAUGAGGUCACUGAAACAAGCAGAGAACCUAAGGAAGUAGUCUCCAACAAAGAUGCUGGUUUGUGGCCCUGUGAAAAGUGUGGGAAGAUUUUCACUGUACGCAAACAGCUGGAGCGUCACCAAGAGCUCUUAUGCUCUGUGAAGCCAUUUAUUUGUCACGUGUGCAACAAGGCCUUCCGAACCAAUUUCCGUCUGUGGAGUCACUUCCAGUCUCAUAUGUCACAGGCUGCAGAGGAGUCCACAAAUAAGGAGCCUGAGAUAUGCCCACCAGCUAAUUCCCCAUCACCACCACCCUUACCUCCACCUCCACCCCUUCCCAAAAUCCAGCCUUUGGAGCCUGAUAGUCCAACAGGCUUGUCUGAAAGCUCCACUACUACUGAAAAAUUAUUUGUACCACAGGAGUCAGAUACACUCUUCUAUCAUGCUCCACCACUCUCAGCAAUCACAUUCAAAAGACAAUACAUGUGCAAACUCUGUCAUAGGACUUUCAAGACAGCUUUUAGUCUUUGGAGCCAUGAACAGACACACAAUUAGCUUUAACGGAUAUCUUAAAAAGCUGGUUCAGUGGAGGCUGUGUUCAGGAUCUCAGACGUAUGCCAUAUAAACUAGAAAUCUAAAAGGAUCAAAAUGACAACAGCGAUGAAGAAUUUGGAAUUUGUGAUGCUGCUUGGAUUUGAAGAUUAAGGUAAAUUAACUUGAUUAGUAGGUAGAAAGCAGAGUAAUUUAAAAUACUGUGGUCUGGGAUCUAAUAGUAACAGAACAAUUUUUAUUUCAUUUAACACUGAAACAUGAUCACAUCUGGAUUGUAUGCAUGGAUCUUCAUCCUGUGAUGUUGGUGUGUGCGUGUGUAUUAUAUAUAAAGUUAUAUAUUAAAUGAAAGAGCAACAACAAUUUGGAUUCUAACUGUGAGUUUAUAGUAGUGAAAUACUGUAACCAACUUCAUUAAUUUUUUUUUUAAAGAAACCAACACACAAGCUCCUUAUGAACAGUCGCCGUGCACUUGCAGUUAGGGAGGAAGUGGAUGGAGUCUCUUGCUGUAUUGACUUAGGUCUUAGAAACCUUUAGCAAUAACAAAUAAACCUCAAGUUUGAGUAAUCCUGACGUUAUUGGAUACGAAUGUUUGAUAUUUUAUGGGAACGUAGAAUUGUUUUGUUUUAUGGAACUUGUGCAAAUUAAAAUAGAAUCUAAAGUCAGCAAUAUUAUUACUAAGAUUUUAUACGAAAAGUAGCAGCAAGCCUGCUUUCAGCCGUUUAACUAUGAGUUUCUAAGGAAAAUUGGGAGAGGGGGUACUUUGCUAUAUAUAAUGUCCCAAAGACUAAUUUACUAUAGAUACUUUGGUAGCUAAAGUCAUUGUAUUAACAGCCAUCAUAAUGCAAAUGGUACUGUUUAUAAUAUGAACUAAGACUGAAUGGAUGUCAGGCAAGUUUCAUAGUUUUGUUUCCACUAUUUGUACAACUGUUUGUAAUUCUAACUACAAAGGAAUGUAUAACUAUUAAAUCAAAAAAAAGAGAGCUCAUUAAGGGACAGAAGAGGAGUUGUGUUCCUACACACAGUAAUAAGCUUGGCCAUGAGUACAAAGAUAUGUUUUAACAAAAACUAAAAAUGUAAAUAUUUAUAUAGGCACCUGUAUAAAUGAAGAAGUAUGUAUUUGGAAUUUGUAUUAAGCACACAUAUCCAGCUCAAAGCAGAGGAAAAAAACAUCACACUACAAUCACUGCAUUUUAUGAAUACAAUGCCUAGAAUAUUUCUUUCUGCCGCUUUCUAUAAUUUGUGAUACUGUGUUGCAAUUUUCUAUUUUGUUGAAAAUCGUGGUAAUAAUGGGCUGCAGAUAUUCUGUGUGGUUCCAUUAUUUUACCUCAAAUCACAACUGGAGCAUUUAGUAUAGGUAGGAUCAUAGAUAUUUACCAGAAGCUGUAGUAAGGGUCCAAAAUUAUUCUGUAAGUAAAAGAAAUAUUUACCCAGAAGUAGGUGGUAAACUAACAGUGACAAAUUCUUCUGCUGGAAUUAUAAUUAAUUAAUGGAGUGAUGAUGGAUUAAAGGGAAGGUAAAUGAUGCAAACAGUAUUUACAAUCCUGACCAACUUUACCCCGUGCAGGUUGGGAGAGGGGGAUUGCAUUCCACACUACCGAGUCAGAACCCAGUCUGUGUUCGCUGAAAGGAACAGGAGUUUGGUUACCGGUUUCAGGGGGAGCAGGAGUGAGGCUUUAAUUGUGUGCGUAACUAUGAAUUUUUUUUCAGCAUCCCGAACUCAAAAAGAAUUGCAAGCUGACACUAAGGUUUAGCAGAAUUAAGCACAAGUGUAACUCCUAAGAAUCUGAGGAUGGGCAUCCUCAGUUAGGCAGACACAGGAGUAGAUUAUUCUCAGUGAAAGCCCAAGUGUGCCACCUUUUCUUUCCAACAGAUUUUUUUUCUAUUAUUAUCUUUGACCUGUAAGUUAACUUUAAAAGAAUUGGCUCAGGAUGGACCACUGACUUUUUUCCAGCUACCAAAAAAAAAUUGCAGUGUUAGUUUCAAGCCUUUUCUGUUUCAUUUUUUAUUAAAGUCUAAAAUUGUUACUAACCACAUCUAAUAGUAACGUGUUGUACUUUUUUUGCCCUCUUUCAGGCAAAUUGUAUCUGACUAUGGUUACGCUAAUUUGUCAGUUAAAAUCUUUCAGUGACAUUGCAAUUAAAACAAGGUACUUGUUUAAUAGUGACAUUUCUAGUUAUUGACUUUUUUGUACCACCUAAUAAGACUAAAUUUCUUUCUUACCAGAAACAAUUUAAAAAUAAAAUGGUUAUUGCAUUUAAUCUGGUUAAUCUGGUUUAACAAAAUCAGAAAAACAUGAAGUUUCACUAAGUAUCUGUUACAAGUAUUUAAGAAAUCUGUGUAUAUAAAAUACCAACAGGUCUCUGUAAAACGGUUCCUAAGUUUUCACCAAUGAUUCCUCUACGCAACAGUCUGAAAGUUUAUAUGUAGCCUUUUAAAAAUCAGCAUGCUUUCUGAAGGAAGAUGGCAACUAGUUCAGCUACGUCAUAGUCAUCUAACUUCCAACUGGGAUUCUGCCAUGUGAUACAAUGAUAAAUUCCACAUACUUUAAAUUAAAAGCUUGUGCACCAUCUUUGAAGAAACCUUGACCUUUUUCCUAGCAUACUAUGUAUUAUAAAAAAAUCCAUAAAAUAUUUUUGGUCUAAAUAGCCUCCUUCUAAGUUUUGCUUUAGUUAUUGGGGUUUUGGACUGUUUUUGUUAAGUUUUGUUUUUAACUCUGAGCAUGUUCUGGGUUGUUUUUUUAAAAAAUUCGGUUCCUGUUGUUUAGUAAAGAAAUUUAGGAUCUCUGAAGUUUAAAUAUGAGAUGUUUAUAUAGCAGUUCUGGUUUUCUAUUAGCUUUUAUACAGUAUCUUAAAAAGCCCUUGAUAGAAGUGUUUAUUUUGGAGGAUACAGAAUAAAUAUGCUUCCACUUAUAUAACUUUAAUAUAUGUUUUAAAAGUUAAAUUAUGGAAAAACGUUAGUUGCUUGUUUAUAAAUAAAGGUCUUUUGUAGAGUGUCUAGUUUGGCCACAGCCAAAAUAAAAGGCAAAUUUAUUGAUACAAAAACGUGUCUUCAUCAUAUUUUUUUUAAUUUUGUAGCUGUGAAAUAAAGUGACACAAAAUUAGAGUUCUUGUUAAAUAUAAAAAAUGUUUUGCUUUUUUUCUUAAAAUUUAUGACAGGAAUGUGCAGAUGUUUUAAUAUAUAGAUUAGAAUCUUUAAUUCUUUUUUUCUAUUUUUAUAAUCUGUCAGAUAAAUUUCAGAUAACUAUCCUGCUUCAGUGGAAGUACAGUGGAAACUUCCAUUCUAUUUAAGAGGAGCAGGGUUGAGCCAUGAAAUGUAUUUUGUUUUGGGACUUUUGGGACUUCUUUUCCUUUCAGGCACUGUGUUGGCAAAGUGUCUAAGCCUAUGGUUAAGUUCCAUUGAGAUCAGUCUUAAUUUGUUUUUAAAUAUGUGCUUAAGUUCUUUGCUAAAUUGGGACCAUGAACAACCAUUGAAAGUAAGCAAUGGCAGAAAAAUACAUACACUUUUUUUUUUAAAGUCCUAGAACCAAAAGUUAAAAUUAAUUUUCCUCCACCUAAAAACUGCAUCUACAGCUAGGUGAAAUUCUGUAGUUCUUCAGAAACAAAGGACAUGAACCAGUAAUAAUACCAUCUCUACUUCUUGUAUGUGUGCUUUUUCUUUCUUUUUUUUUUUUAUAAGGGGGGGUGAAACAUUCUGUGACAGUUAGUUGAGCAGAUAGCCUGCUGAAGCAGCAGGUGACACUAGAGUUUGUGUAUUUCAGAAUGGAGAUGUAGCCUUAUCGGUGAACCAAAACACAGCUGUAAGAGACUUGUUCCUGCAUUUCCUAUUUAGGCAGGCCGCCUAGUGACAUCCAGUAGAUUUUUGUCUGAUGAUGUUUGUUUGUUUUCCCUCAAGUAGGGCAUGUGGGUUUGGUCUGAAGCUAGAUGUACUCUGUUUUUCUUCCAAGUUUCCAGUGAUAAAACCAGAAGUUCCUCACAUGGGAUAAGGACAGACUAUGCCUACCUUCUUGGCACUAACAGUGAGGGUGCAAAUACAUGGCAUGAGCCAUUAAAUCUGGCAUGUGCCUAUACUGUUCAGUGAAACUGUUUACAUUUUCCUACCAGAAGAUUUAGAUAAAAAUCAAAGCAAGCUUAGGGUUUGUUUUGUUUUAUUUUUUUUUAAUGUUGCUGUUAAUGAAUCAGUGUUAAAAUCUUUUUCUUUUGUUUUUCUUGAACACAGCCUGAUAGUAUUUUUUAAUGUCAUUGGUUCUUGUUUAUUUAAAAUGACUUGUGAAAUAAACUGUACUAUAACUGUUGUACAUAAAGGGACACUAUCAAGAGAAAGGUUGUAUACAGUAAAUGUACUUAUCUGUAUUAAGUACUUGAUAUUAAUAAAAUCAAAGAGUUUAAAAACACAAGUUGUAACACUUGAGCUGCUUGGGCAUGAAAAUGCCUAUUAAGGGCAUCCUCAAUUGUUGCAAGGAUGUCUGAAAAAUGUAUCUGAAUUCUGGGGGCUGAGCUUAUUUUUCCUGAUGCUCUUUCUCUCACUAUUCCAGAAUGAAGUCCUCAACCCAUUUUUCCUUUCCCAGUUUCUCAGCGAUACACAUUACCUUUCAAAGACACCAGCUUCCCACUACUGCAGCAGCAUCUUUAAUUAAAUUAUGUACAUAAAACCAGAACAAACUAUCUUUUGCAAUGUAACAUGCAAAAUACCUAUAAAGUACACAUUUUUAAGGCUUAUUCUUGACAGUGUCCCUUUUUAAAAAGCAGGAAAAUGGGAUCACUUUUAGUGCUUGGGUACAGGGGAUUAGUUUCCUACGGUUUCUAGAAAUUGGAAUUAUCCACUAUAUUUGCUACAGAAUUUUCCAAUUAGUUACACAAAAUCACUUGUCAUUUUAAAGGAUUAUAGAGGUAAGACAAAAGAAGCUGGUUUUAUAAUCCUGUAUACCUUAUAGUCGUUGUAUAUCAGUUCAAUACACCAGUGCUGACUUUUAAUUAAGGAUGGGUUUUUACUUUUUUUAGGACUGAGACUUAAUAGCUUAGGGUAAAUUUUUCUUUAAUGUAAUGUAAAUCCAUUGCUGCUUUGUACAACUUUUUCUACUGUGUGUUUUCUUUACUUAGAUCUUGACUAAGAAAUGUUGGCGUCCAAUAAACUUACACCUUGUUUCUUUUGAA